AACACCUGUCGUACGAGCACGUAGGCACAAUACAGCAGGCUAGAGUACAGUACAGUAUGUAUGUACAAUAUCGAUCUCCUGUUUUUGGUAUUUGUCUUGUUGACAACUUGGUGAUCGGCAAUCAACCCUAAAAGACUCUACCGGUAGAAGGCAUCUGGGUCUGACAGAAUGGAUGCCAUCGAUUUUUAGCAGCAAACGCACUAUGCACACCCGGGCUCGACAUUGAAAGACACAAAGACACCGAAGAUAUGGCCUCUCGCACCACGGGCCAAACGAGUUUGCCAGCAGAUGGGCGUGACACCGGGCGGCUCGGACGCGAUCGAAAGCGCAGGCGCAGGCGCAAGCACCUGCCGAUACCGGACAACCUCAUCGCCGUGAUACUCGCGUAUUGCGACGCCUCGGACUACAUCUCGCUUCUUCGGGCCUCCGAAUCCGUCUUUGUGACGCCGCUGCGGUUCCAUCUGUGCUCCGCGGAUUCGCUCUCCCUGAGUUCUCUGCUGAGGAAGUACCCCAACAGCUUGGUCGGAAACCAGGGACAGCAGCUCGCGGUGCAGGUCUUGCUGCAAUCGCUCUUCGGCCGAUGCCCACGCAAUCGAUUGAAGCACCUAGAAAUAUCCAAUCUCAGGGGAAUCACGGGUGCCUCCUGGUUUGCGGGGCUAUCGAAGGCAUCGCUGGUGUCCUUCGAUCUCACGAACUGUGCACGUUUGGAUCACGGGGUGCUGCUGGACUACCUGAACAACUGCCCCACCACGCUACGGCAUCUACACCUGAACGGGUGCCGCUGCGUUGGCCCCGAGAUUCUGGCUUGCAUCGGGCGCCGCCACCCAGGACUCCUCUCUCUGUCCCUGGGAUCCUGCUCGCAACGAAUCGGAACACCGGACGUGUUUGCACUCCUGAGGGUAUUGACCUCACUCAAACACCUGGAUCUACAGAGCUUGGUCCAUAUCCACGACAAGGAGUCGCCGGAGUCCGAGGACUACUUUUUGGAUUUACUGCCCGACGGCAUCGAAUCAUUGAACCUGACGGGAACAAAGCCUUUAAGGCUUGUUUCCCACGAUGUGUUCGGAACCAUGAACACGUAUCUGAAUAGGAGUUUAGAAUACAUGCAUGCCGUGCAAGGGAGGGUCCAAAGGGUUCAGGACAACCUCCGCGCACUCAACAACGAAGGGAUCAACGCAAACGAAAUGCUACAUGGGAAUCGACAUGUUCUAGACUUUCAGCCCGAUGUUUACAUUUGGAAAAACGAGCCUAGCUUUCGUCUCAAAAUACGGCACCUGGUGUUGAACGGUGCCGGCAGCCCACAUUCGGGUAUUUUUCGCGGCACGGUUGCCACCUUUUCACUGGGAAGGUGCCUGAGAGAAGUGCACCUUGCGGGGUGCGAAGGAGUCUCGGACUGGGAAAUCCAGGCACUGGCCGUCAAUUGCGGGGAAACGCUGACCUGUUUCCAGAUGCGUGCAGGCACGAUAGGGAACCAGGCCCUGCAAUCGCUGGCCAAGUACUGCCGCGUGCUGGGGGAGGUUGAUGUCUCGGCGUGUUUUGGAAUCGGCGACGACGGCAUCAUCGCCUUGUGCCACAACCUGCGCAGGGGAGAAAGAAUUGGCGGCUGUAAGGGAGGGAAAGAAGAGGCUCCGCCGGCAUCCAAACGGAGCAGAACGCUGCGGCCUUCGUUGAAAAUCCUGCGGGUAGCGAGUCUCCCGAGAUUGACAAACAGAGCGAUCGAAGCCGUGGCGGAACUGACGUCCUUGAUCAUCCUUGACAUCCAGCAAUGCAGCAAGGUGGAACCCUUUGCGGUUCACAAGACCAUACGAAGGUUGCCAUGCUUGGUAGAAGUGAAUGCAAAGGACAUCGCGCCGAGGUCUAUACCACUUUCCUUGUGGUUGCGCAACGACCCUGGAGUAACCCGCUCUUUGAAAUUUGUCAACCAGAGAGUCUUUCACCACCACUCCGAGUUGACAGAGGGAUGCCAAAAGACAGGGACCUUGAAGCAUUGCUGCAUCGCUCGAAGCCGAUCCCAGCGGCUCUCGGGGAGUGUCCCACUGGCGCAAAUGUACCACUGCUUGGAUUGCAACAUGAUCCCGGCACUCGAUCGUGGAUUCUGCGUAGAGUGCAAGCUAAGAUGCCACGAGGGACACAAGACCUUUCUGGGAUCCUUCGCUCGGUUUUCCUGCGAUUGCCCCUUUGGGGUGGACGCCAACAAUGUCUGCUUGGCAUUUCGUCCACCCCUGCUUCCGACGACCGAACAGGAUUCGGCCGUCGAAGGGGGAAAUGCAAAGUAGGUGGGGGUCCGAACCUUGUAGUUUGUGGCAUCGGCUCGUAACACUGUAGAGUAAAUUAAUAGAACGAGU